AUGAGCUCCAACGCCGCCGAGUCAUUCAACUCUUGGAUUCGCGAAGCACGAAAUUUACCAAUCACCAGAAUGGUUGACAGCAAUAGAGGUCAGAUUAUGCGACAAAUGGCGAAGCGGAGGUUGUCAGCCCACACAUGGACAGGCGCAAUUUGUCCCACAAUGGAAUUCCACCUGGAAGAAGCUUACAACAAAAGUCGGUCAUGGAAAGUGAGUCAGGCGAAUAACGACGUGUACGAGGUCCAUUCAUUCCCAUCUGUUAUGGUGGACAUUGCCACCCGUACAUGUUCGUGUUUUCAGUGGCAAAUAAAUGAGUUCCCAUGUGCGCAUGAUAUUGUCUCAGUGCGAAAAAGCGGGAAAAACCUUGAUGACAUAGUCGUACCUUGGUACCAUGUGUCCGAAUACCAACUGACGUAUGCGCCCACCAUCUACCCAAUACCAACAGUUGAAAAACCACCAUUCAACCCCACUGACUACGUCAUUUACCCACCAAACGUCAAAUGUCCACCCAGGACGCCGAAGAAGAAGAGAAUACCGUCUAAAGGUGAGAAUGUGCAACAAAUAUGGUGUGGAAGGUGUGGUCGUAUGGGAAACCACAACAGGAAGACUUGCAAAGAACCUAUUUAG